CAUGUGAUCUUCGGUGAGCCAGUAGCUGCUGGCUUAGCUCUUGAUGGCUCUCACUACUUUGACAAGGAUUGGUUACAUGCCGCUAGGUACGUAAUGUCUCCACCGCUUAGCGUCGAUAAGUCAACACCGGAAGCCCUUAUGGACAUGCUAGCCGCAAAAAUCUAUAACUUCAAGAUCAGACCGGAAAGCACAAUGAGUUUCAGUGAUCAACUACACCUGACAGGAACCGACAACUGCACAUUCAACGGAGACCAGAAAAUGGCCGGUCGUCAUGAUUUCACUAAAAUUCCAAAUGGAGUGAACGGUGUCGAAGAUCGUAUGAGCAUCGUAUGGGAUCGUGGCGUUCAUUCUGGAAAAAUCAAUCCAAUGCGGUUUGUGCAAAUUACAAGUUCGAUGGCCGCAAAAAUAUUCAAUAUUUAUCCGAAGAAAGGUCGAAUCGCUGUCGAUUCUGAUGCAGACAUUGUAAUUUGGAAUCCAAAUAAGAAGCGGACAAUUUCAAAAACCACUCAUCAUCACGCUUCCGAUUUCAACGUCUUUGAAGGGAUGACCGUUUUUGGUGUCGCCGAGAUAACCAUUUCACGUGGAGUGGUGGUGUGGUCAGACAACAAAUUGUCAGUUGAAGCAGGUGCAGGUCAUUUCGUUCCACUGGCACCAUUUUCUCCUACCGUAUUUGCCAGCGUUGCACAGCGAGCUAAGGCAAUGGCUCCUCGAGCAGUAAAGAGGGAAAAGAAAAAGAAAUCAAAAAGCAGAAGUAAAGAA